AAUAAUAAUAAUAAUAAUAAAAAGAAGGAGGAAAAGGAAAGUCUAUGUGAGAAAGAGAAAGAGAAUGUCUAUAAUCCACCUCUUCUUUUUUUUCCUGAGGAAUGUUAUACCAAUGGACGUACAUUAAUUCAAUUUAAUUCCCAUCAUCCUAUCUUUAUAUCAGCUAUGUCUAUACAACCCAUUAUUAUUCGAUAUCCAUAUACUUAUUUUGAUCAAUCCUGGUGUAGUGUAGACUCACCAUGGUGGUUAUUACUACUAAAGACAAUGAGUCAAGUAUAUAAUACAGUGGAAAUAAUUUACCUUCCGGUGUAUAAUCCUUCAUUAGAUGAAAAACAAAAUCCACACAAUUAUGCAGAGAAUAUACAUCAUCUUAUGGCUCGUUAUAUGAAAGUACCAGAAACGGCACAUAAUAUAAAUGAUGUACGUCUUUUAUGUUUAGCACGAUCUUUACAUAUUCCUAUAGAAGUUAUUAAUGUGGAAACGGCUCAUCCUCACUUUGCAAUAAUUCCAUACAAACGAAUAGAACACAUGCUGCGUCGUUUUGCUACUAUAGUUCAUAUGAAAAGAAGAAAAAGAAGAGAAGAAAAACUACAAGAAGAGAAGGAAGUUUAUAAAAGACAACGACGACGACGACGACGAUAUCAAGAUGAUUACACAGAAGGGUUUUUAACAUCAGAUGAAUUGGGUGAAUUUUUUACACCAUUUCAAUAUUAUCCAAUUCUUCUGGAGCGUUUCUUAUAUCAUCUCUCACGACGUGCAGCUGUACGUGGAAUGUAUGUAUCAUUUCGAGACUUUUUAUCAGCUAUGCAUACAGAACCUAUUGCAUGGAAUCCAAAUCCAUGUAUACAAGAAGAAGAAAGAAAAACAGUAUAUAUGGAUGAAAUAGAAAGUGAAAGUGAUAUGAUGAUUGUAUUACGGCGUACAUUUGCUAUGAUGUUACUCGCAGGUCAUACAUUACGCACUCAACAGAAAGAAUAUAAAGAUAAUAACAUUCCAUCUACAAAUGAUACUACUACUACUACUAUGAAUAUAAAUACAGAUACUGAAGGGAGAUUAACACAUUCAUUGCUGUAUGGUCAUACGAUUCGUUAUCCCUCUUAUACUUCUCAUAAUAAUAUACUUCUUACUCCUAUAGAUGUUGCUAUCACUAUGGCUGCAGAUGAUUCUAUUUACGAGCGACAACUCUCUCAUAAUACUUUUAAUAUUCUUUUAGACAUUUUGUUUACCCCACACCGUUCCACCAUCUGGGGUGGUGCGGCUACGAAAUCAAGAGCUCAACUAAAAGAGGAAAAUACACUGUUUGAAUACAUACGAACUGGUACCUUUUCUCAUGAAGAAGGGAUGAAAAUAAAAGAAGAAAACGAGGAAGAGAGAAAUAAGGCGGAAAGGAAUGAGAUUUCAUACAUCACACUUCAUGCUUUUCUUCGUUUUGCUCGCAAACAUCCAGCCCUUACGGAAUACUUUCAUGCCUGUUGUGAACAUUAUCUUUUGGGUGAUGAUUUGGCUUAA